CAUUAUGACAGGAAGCGGUGCGUGUAAUCGAGUCAGACUUCAGCUCAGUUUACCCGAGAGCCUUACGAAAGAAUGACGGCCGGUUAAAGCAGCAGAUGAGAUGUGUCUGCGGAGUCUGUCAGCUGUUAAACCUGCCCUCUAGACCGCUGUCGACUGUUUUAAAUGUUAUUUCCACGUGCUCUGCUAUGAUAGAAUCACAUUUCCGGUCGUUAUACGCGUUAAACUGACAGCGGUUGCGCUUUCGGAAGGAAGCGGGAGAGGAAGAGGGACUGACUGCGCACUGCUGGCCCACUAAACACACUCAACGGGAAGUUUACUUAAAAGGGCAAGAUUGCUUUCCAGCAUACUUGAUAGGUCAAAAAAUGCUCGUAAUUUAAACAUAAUCUGUUAUAACUAUUUAUAUUAAUCAUAGAUAUCAAAGACUAUGUGAAGCCGUUAUUGUUUGAAUUUUAACGGUUGUUUUCCGUGCAAAGGAUUGUUGUUCUUGCGCUUUUGCGGAUCGAUUAUAACUUAAUCGAUCAUGGCCACAGAUAUAAUAGCGACUGAAGAAGUCUCAAACCAGAGAGACUCGAGUGAUCUGAACAAAAGUAAUCCCGAAUCAGACACACCCAACCAGACAUCUGAGACGCAAGAAAACAGAAAUAUAAGUAGCGCAUUGCCGUUAUCGUUAUCAUCAUCAUCGGUUCAUUCUGGGGAAGAACCACCUCGGGACUCGACAGCAGGGAAUAGUUCGCAGGCGAAUGGAGGCAGUCCUGUCCGAACAGGAGAUCCGCCGCAGGAAGCAGCGACUCCAGACAAUAGACAAAAACAAGGCGUGAGGACUUCAACUCCUGCGCGAGCGCAGCAGACACCCUCUUCACCAGCUGAACACAACGGAAGUUUUGAGCACCAGGAGUCGGUUGCUACCACAGAGGCGCGGCUGAGAAUGGAGGGGGUGGAGCUAAAGGAGGAGUGGCAAGAUGAGGACUUCCCCAGGCCACUCCCAGAAGAGGAAGAUAUUCAUCUUGAUGAGGAGCUGUUCACCGGCUCUUCUGGUGAAGGAGCACCUUCUUCACAGUCUUACAGACUUAACAGUUCAAAGAAAACCAAAAAGAAGCUUUUGGCUCCAGACAUCAGCCUCGACCUAGACCACAGUGAGGGUUCGGUCCUGUCAGAUGAGCUGGAUGAGAGUACAGAACUGGACCUGGAUGAUAUAGACACCCCUUCAGACAACAGCAACGAGUUCGAGUGGGAAGAUGACCUCCCAAAACCCAAAAAUGCAGACCUGUUGCGUAAAGGAGUGGAGUCAGUGGAGGAGUUCGCCAGCACGGAGGAACGGGAGGAGGGCCGUCGCUGGAGGGUCUUCCGCAUCGGAGAGCAGGAGCACCGGGUGGACAUGAAGGCCAUUGAGCCCUACAAGAGGGUUAUCAGCCAUGGAGGUUACUAUGGCGAUGGAUUGAAUGCCAUCAUCGUCUUCGCUGUUUGCUUUAUGCCUGAGAGCAAUCAACCAAAUUACAGAUACAUCAUGGACAAUCUUUUCAAGUAUGUCAUAGGAACUCUAGAGCUGCUUGUAGCUGAGAACUACAUGAUUGUAUACCUGAACGGAGCCACUUCACGCCGAAAGAUGCCCAGUGUGGGCUGGCUCAGAAAAUGCUAUCAGCAAAUAGAUCGAAGGUUAAGGAAGAAUUUGAAAUCAUUGAUAAUUGUGCACCCGUCCUGGUUUAUUCGCACCCUCCUGACCCUCACAAAACCUUUUAUAAGCUCAAAAUUCAGCAAGAAAAUCAAGUAUGUGUACAGCCUGACAGACCUGGCUGAGCUUGUCCCGAUGGAGUAUGUUUCCAUACCAGACUGCAUUAAACAGUUUGACGAAGAAAAAAAUAGGAAAAAACAUAAAAGGAUUGACCAGGACAUGCGUGGGAAGGUAGAGAUAGCCACUGCUGCAAUGCCAGAGUGAGUCGGAGGAGUUGAAGAGAAUGUAUUGGGUUUCUUUUAACUGGAGAACGCAAGAUCUUGAUGUCAGAAAAGUGCCUUUUAAAGGAAUAGUUCACUUCAAAAUGAAAAUUCUGCCAUCGUUUACUCACUCUCAUG